CCAGAAUUGGACCUCACUGAGUUUUGCUCAGUGUAUCUAAUAAACUACCAGCUGAGUGAAGCCAGCUUCUCACAUCUCUCUGAAUGCAUUGUGUCCUCACUAAAUGGAGUCACUGUGGAGACAGCAGGGUCCCUGUUUCCAGCCAACUAGCCACACCGGUUUGUGCUCCAGGUUUCACCAGUCAGUGGGAUUGGCCACACCAACAGUGGUUCCGCCCCAACAAAGGGAGUCGUGGCUCUGCUGCCAAACACACCUGUGAAGUCUGGUCCAGUAAGGACAGUCACUCACAGCAUCAGGGUCGAAACCUGACCGAGCAGCAGAAGAGAAGACCUACUGAAGGACUGGGCUCGAUUUAGGACACCAUGGCCUCCACCCUCUCUGUGCGCAGCUACUCCAUACGCCAGCCCUCCUUCUCCAGCAUGUCUGUGAGGGACAGUGGACGCAGCAUCCGCUCCAAGCCUUCCGUCUCACCUCUGUCCACUGUCAGCACCCUGUCUCUGUCCCGCUCCGUCUCAGUGGGCAACGGCCUCAACAUGCUGGGCUCCAGCCUCUCCUUCAACGGCCUUGGUGUUGGCGCCAGUGAGAAGGAGACCAUGCAGGGCCUGAACGACCGGCUUGCCAACUACCUGGACAAGGUGCGCUCGCUGGAGAGGUCCAACGCUGAACUGGAGCUGAAGAUCAAACAGCUCAUGUUGGACAGGGCUCCAAAAGGACAUGACAUCGAGGGGAUGAUGGCCCAGGCACAUGCCAUCGGGCAGGAGGUGAGAAAGAAGACGCUGGAGAAUGCUCGUAUCAUGCUGGAGAUUGAUAAUGCCAAGCUGGCAGCCGAUGACUUCAGGGUCAAAUGGGAGGCAGAGGCCACCUUGUGCCAGUCGGUGGAGAGGGACUGUCAGGCUCUGAGGAGGGCAAAGUCUGACCACGACCAGAUCAUCGCCACUCUGCGAGGAGACCUGGACAGCCUGAAGGAGGAGCUCUACUUCCUCAAGAAGAAUCACGACGAGGAGAUUAGCUCCCUCAAGGCACGUCUGGCCAACGAGCAGGUGAAUGUGGAGGUGGAUGCAGCUCAGGGUCCUGACCUGGGGGCCAUAAUGGCUGAGCUGAGGGUCCAGUAUGAGGGCAUCACCCGCAAGAACAAGGAGGAGGCAGAGGCCUGGUACCUGAAGAAGUUAGAAGCAGUGCAGUCGGAGGUCAAAGAAAGCAACGAGGCGUUGCGUUGUGCCCAAGGUGAGCUCAGUGAGAGACGACGCUUCCUGCAGGCUCUGGAGGUCGAGCUCGAUAGUCUUCGCAAACAGGUAGGUGUGUUGGAGGGAAACCUGGGAGAAACAGGGCACAAAUACUCUGUGGAGAUGGACCGUCUUCAGGCCACGCUGACCCAGCUGGAGGAUGAGCUGUCUCAGCUGCGUUUGGACAUGCAACGCAAUAAGACUGAUUACGAACAGCUGCUGCGCAUUAAACAGAACUUGGAGAUGGAAAUCGCCACCUACAGGAGGCUGCUGGAAGGAGAGGAAAUGGUGAAAGAAACACCACCACCUCCUAAAAAAGACCCUGAUGUAAGGACCAGGAAGAUUGUAAAAGUUGUCACCCAGACCAUGAUCAACGGUAAAGUUGUAGAUGAGUCCAGCGAGGUGGAGCAGAUUGAAGAACGCAAAAAAUGAGUGAAAGUGUGUGCAUAGAAGGAGCAGUGAUGUCUGUUAAACCCAAAGUGCCUGCUGACAUGUUGCGCACUUGUUUUAUAUCUUCCCCAUUCUGUCUUUAAGUUUUAAAGCUUGCCAAAAAAUCUGAUCUGAAGAUGAAAUUAAGGUUCAGGCAAAAAUAUGUUUGUCCUUUUCAGCAACAUGAUAUAUUUCUGUAUAUAUGAACAUUAAAAUUGAAGAUGAAACUCAUAAUCAUGAUAUAAUAGUCAUAAUAAUAAAUCUCAAAUGAAAUAUUUUUAGAUGGGUGUGCUGGGACUCAAGGUCCACUUUCUAGCUUUUUUUCCAGGGCUUUUAAACACAUCUCACAGUCUUCCCCAGCAGAUGCAGUUUGCUCAGUUGUCAUCAAAUCAUGAAACAUCUGGAAAAUGCUAGUAUGAGGACCUUUUCUGACAGAGGAGAUUAUUGGAAGGUUAUAAUAAAUGUUAAUUAUUUGAAACUUGUCUUCACUUUAAACAUAUUUGUUCUAGAAAAUGUCUUGAUCUUGCAACAGUAUCUACUGUAUUUGCACAAUAGUUUGGCUGUAAGAAUUGUGAUGGGAGCAUUGUAACCUAGUUUUAUGAUAGAAAUACACAAAUCAACCAAAGCAGCUGU